AGAGGCACUCACUUAACAUUUAAUUAAUGAAAAGCCAUCAUAAUAUGCUCAACGUUUUAUAUUGUACUGUGUAUUAAAUACAUAACAAUAAAUAUACACAACAAAUUGACGCACUCUAUUGUUGUCUAACAAACGACGUUUAUUGUUGUACUAAUGUUAUAUGGGGACAAGUAAUUCCAUCAAUUUGAAUAACUUUCGGUCACUUGGGAAAUUAGACUAAGCACACGAUGACUUUUUUCCAGUUUAGUUUGAAAAUUGGCUUUGCCAUGCGCGUUUCUUUGGGUCGUCUUUGGGGCUCCCGGCUGUUGUUGGUGUUGAUGCUCUGCCUAAAUAGCUGGAUGUCAGUGGGUUCCAUCAAUUGCCAGCCUUGUAAAUUGCUAGAGGCGCGCAAAGCACAUGCAAAUGAAACGCCGAACAAUUUCAAUGAUACGGCUGCUAUAGCAAAACAUUGAAAACAACAACGAACAACGAAAAAAUAUACGAAUAAUUUGAGAGCGAGGUGUGCGGGGC